AUGCCCGCGGAUAUCGAUUACCAAGCUGGAACGCUGGCCGCCGAGCCAAACGCCUCGCAGCCGAUUGAUGAGAAGCCGCCACUCGGUCAUGAAGGCGUUGAUAGAGCCCAAGGCGAAGUGGAAGUGUAUGAGGACCUUCCCACGCAAGAUGAGCUUGAGGGGGAGAACGCUCUGAGGAGAGUGUCCGCCCCUAUCCCCUGGACCGUCUACACCGUUGCAUUUGUGGAAUUAUGUGAACGCUUCAGCUAUUACGGAACUCAGGUUGUCUUCUCCAACUUCAUCAACCGCCCACUUCCCAACGGAAGCCUCCCCGGCUCUAACCCCAAGACAGGAGCCGGCGGCCCCUCUGAUCAAGGCAUUUCUGGAGCUUUAGGAAAAGGGACUGCAACAGCCAAUGGAAUCAAUACUUUCAAUGCAUUAUGGAUUUAUACGACACCGUUGCUCGGUGCCUAUAUGGCUGACGCACACUGGGGACGUUACAAGGCUAUUUGUGUCUCCAUUGGCAUUGCUAUCAUCGGGCACAUCGUCUUGGUCGUCUCAGCUGUCCCAGCUGUUAUUACCAACACAAAUGAGGCUAUGGGAACCUUCAUGACUGGUAUCGUCAUCAUGGGCCUCGGCACUGGUGGGUUCAAACCCAACAUCUCGACCCUCAUCGUGGAGCAAAUCCCGGUGACGACUCUCAUUGUCAAGACGCUGCCUUCCGGCGAACGCGUCAUUAUCGACCCUACGAUUACCCAGUCACGCAUAUACCACUACUUCUACCUAUUCAUCAAUAUCGGCUCCCUCAUCGGCCAGAUCUCUAUGGUCUAUGCCGAGAAGUAUGUCGGCUUCUGGCUUGCGUUCCUCCUCCCAACCCUCAUUUUCCUCCUCACUCCAGGAGUAAUGUACUGGGGUCGCAAACGCUACAGUCAAGCCGCACCUGAGGGCUCCAUCCUGUCCAAGGCCUUCAAUAUUCUUAUGCUCGCUCAAAAAGGUCGCUGGAGCAUCAACCCCGUCAGAACAUGGAAGCUCAUGCACGACGGGACUUUCUGGGCAUCCGUCAAGCCAUCCGCUAUCGCCCCUGAGAACCGCCCCUCGUGGAUGACCUUCGACGACCAAUGGGUGGACGAAGUGCGUCGUGGAUUUGCUGCCUGCGCCGUCUUCGCCUGGUACCCCCUAUACUGGAUUACGUACAACCAAAUCAUCAACAACCUAACCACGCAAGCCGGGACGAUGCAGUUACACGGCCUUCCCUCCGAUAUCCUCACCAACCUUGACCCGCUCGCCCUUAUCAUCCUCAUUCCCCUCUGCGACCGACUCGUCUAUCCCUUCCUCCGCAUAGCCGGCAUCCGCUUCACGCCCAUCAAGAAGAUCACAGCCGGGUUCUUCUUUGGCACCGCCGCCAUGAUUUGGUCCGCCGUCCUUCAACACUACAUCUACCAGCGAUCCCCCUGCGGCUAUAACGCCAACACUUGUUACACUGACAGCGGUGGCCCACUUCCAGCCACCAUAAACGUCUGGGCUCAGACCGGUGCCUACAUCCUCAUCGCCAUUUCCGAGAUCCUGGCUUCCAUCACAUCGCUCGAGUAUGCCUUCAGCAAGGCUCCGCGCAACAUGCGUUCGCUCGUGCAGGCCGUCGCACUGUUCACCAACGCCAUCUCCGCUGCUAUUUGUGAGGCUUUGAAUCCUCUCAGCGCGGACCCGUUGCUAGUGUGGAACUACGGUGUUAUGGCUGUGCUCAGUUUCUUUGGAGGGGCCAUGUUCUGGUGGCAGUUCAGGAGCUUGGAUGCUCAGGAGGAUGAGCUGAAUAUGUUGCCUGAGGGACAUGCUGUGGCGACGUUGAAGGAUAUGGAGGGUUAUCAUGAUGAGCCUUCGAGGUCACCGACGCCAAGAGAGAUUGUAGAGAAGAAUUAG